AUGGGAAUCCUCCCUCUGCUGCCUGUCGUUAGGAGGGAAAGGGGGAAAAAAAAGGAGACGGCCAUGGGAGGAAAGUGUUUGCUUCCUAAGGGAUAGAGCUCCUUUGGUGGCAAGAUGAUAGAUCCAUUAGAAGGCGGUUUGUUUGAUCUUCCUGAAUAUGAACAUAUCCAGGAUGAGGAGUUUCGACCUCUCCCACCUCCAGACUCUCCAGGAGACAAUGAUGACGCCUCCUUAGUUAAUGGAGAGCCGGAGGGCAACAAACUGUCACAAACCAAGGAUGCCUCAGGAACUACCAGGAGAGUGGUUAGAAGACCAUUGCCUAAACUAGAUGCUCAAAGGUUAGUGUCAGAGCGAGGACUUCCAGCUUUGCGAAGUAUGUUUGAUAAUGUAAAAUUCAAAGGUAAAGGUCAUGAGGAAGCAGACCUGCAGACACUUAUAAGGCACAUGGAGCACUGGGCUCACAGGCUGUUUCCUAAACUUCAGUUUGAAGAGUUUGUUGACAGAGUAGAGCGCUUGGGAAGUAAGAACACCGUUCAGGCAUGCUUAAAGCGAAUUAGACUCGAUCUACCCAUUUUGCAUGAAGACUUCCCAGGUAAUGAAGGUGAAGAUGCAGGAACCAAUGUACCUAAUAUAGCCACUGAAGAACCAGAUAUAUUUUCUGAAAUACUGAAUACCGAGGAAAAGUAUGAUUCACCUUUAAAUACUAUACUAACAGAGGAGCAACAGCAGAGAAUUGAAAGAAACAGGCAAAUAGCCCUUGAAAGAAGACAUGCAAAAACACAGUCCAACAUUCUAUUAGAAGAACAUGAGAUGUGCAUGACCCAGCCAGAUGAAGAAAACAACACCAUUCUGAUUGAGCAACAAGAUGUGAUUGCAGUAGAAGCAGGAAGUGUCCCUUUUGAAGCUACGGAAAACCUGUGAAGUGGAAGUAUAGAAGACGAUAAAUGAUCUUAACUGCUUUGGAAAUUACUGACAAACCCUACAUCUUGAAACACCAGUGGCAUAUUUUUCAUUCUUUGUUACUAAAGGAAUUUUAUUAUCAUUUUCUUUCACUGUUGAAUUUUAAAAACUGCAACCAGUUUGAGCGCUUGAACUGACCAAUUUUGUCAGGAAGCUCUAGGUCAGAUAUUAGUAAGGUUUACUGAAGAUCCCUGAAACUUGGAUAAAAGUAGCAACUUCAAACUAAAAAUAACAUAAACAGUAGAUCAGAGGUCCCCAACCCCCGAUUUGCAGCCUGGUGUCAGUCCAUGGCCUGAGCUGGACCGGGCCACGGAGACAGACCUCCCCCCCCGCAUGCACUCACCGCUGCACAACUGAUUUGUGCAUGUGCGCUCUCCAGUGUGCACAUCCAAGCACCGUGCCAUUUGCGCAUGUGUAUGAGUGCCUGCACAAGUACUGCCCUGCAGUUUGCAUAUGUGCACACUCUCAUUUGCGCAUGAGCACAAGCAUGGGAGACGCCCUGCCUUCCCCAGCCAGUCCGCGGGGUGAAAAAGUUUGGGGACCCCCACAGUAAAUAAUACAAGCUAACUACAGCCAGCAUUUUCAAUAUUUAAAUCUUUUGUAACUUUCAUAUUAUUAAAUAUUUGUAUCUGUGUCCAUAUUUUAUGUGUGAAAUGAGGGAAAUAAAUGUUGGAAACAAAAAAUGAA